AUUUUAUUGUUUUUCGGUACCAGUGAAUAAAUCUGAGGGCACCGGGCAAGGACAGUCUACCAAGUGUUGGACCUUAUUAAUCUGUAGUGUCCAUCAUGGGUAUUAGACAAGAAAUUGAGGAAUUGCCAAAAAAAUUAGUAGAAGUUACAUCUAAACGUGAAAGACAGGUUCCUGGAGAGACCAGUUGGGAAAACAUACAGAAAAAAUUCGGCAAGGGCACAGGAUUUACACAAGCAUUGCCUAAACUUUUUCAAUAUUUUGGAGCUGGAACAUACCCAAAAGAAUUCAACCCGAGGGUGCAUGGACCAUAUUACCCAUCACGGUAUUAUGGAAAAGCUGAUGUUUCUUUCUGGGACUGUAAAUUAGGAGAGCUUCCAAAAUGGUUUGGUCGUAGACAGUUAGGUGUUCGACCAUUUUCCAUGGUCCUUAGUAGAAGAAUGUGGACUGUUAUGCAAAAAUAUAAGACGUCAGCAGCCUCAAUGUAUUUUAUCUGGUUAUAUGGAGCUGUGGGAAUGACCUACUUCUACAUCAUGCAGUAUCCUAAAUAUUCCAACGAAAGACACUCCAAGUACCAUUAAGGAGAAACAAAUAUUAGACUUAUGUGUGAAUGAGAUCAGACAACUUUAUUAAUGUGUUAUUAAAUAGAUUCUGAUAAUGUUAUAAA